CCCCAUAUAUCAUUUUUAAUUUUUCCUCCUGUUUUUGGUUAAUUUCUUUGGUUUUUGUUGCCGAUCGCCUUCGUUGAAAAACCUAAGGAAGAAGAAGCUCUUUGUCCUCUGUAUCGCCAAACAACAAUAUUAUGGUUUUCUUUUUCAAUUUCGUUUUUUAAUCUUCUUGCCAAACCCUUGUAUUUUCCCGCACUUUCCCACCCAUAAGGAGGAAAUUUUCCCAGGAAAAUGAGGUGGGAAAGGGUCCGACAGCAAUACCCACAAGUGGGUCUCGGCGAGUCCUCUGCCGGGCCCGGAAAAAGAUGGGGGCACACUUGCAACGCCAUUAAAGGGGGCAGCCUUCUCUAUGUCUUCGGUGGUUAUGGCAGAGACAACUGCCAAACCAAUCUAGUGCAUGUCUUCGACACUGAAAAGCAGAUAUGGACUCAGCCUUCGAUCAAAGGCACACCGCCUGCUCCGAGGGAUAGCCACAGCUGCACAACUGUGGGCGACAAUCUCUUCGUGUUUGGCGGUACUGAUGGGAGGAACCCUCUGAAAGAUUUGCACAUACUUGAUACUUCUUCACAUACUUGGAUAUGUCCAAGUGUUAGAGGUGAGGGGCCUGAGGCAAGAGAGGGUCAUGGUGCAACACUGGUUGGCAAAAGACUUUUCGUAUUUGGUGGAUGUGGCAAAUCUUCUGAUACUGGUGAUGAACUGUAUUACAAUGAUCUUUACAUAUUGAACACAGAGACUUUUGUGUGGAAACGUGCUGUAACAACGGGGAAUCCACCGUCUGCACGUGAUAGCCACACCUGCUCAUCCUGGAUAAACAAAAUCAUUGUUAUCGGUGGUGAAGAUGGGCAUGAUUAUUAUUUGUCUGAUGUCCACAUACUCGAUGCAGAUACACUGGUAUGGAAGGAGCUGAAUACUUCAGGCCAGUUGUUGACGCCUCGAGCUGGUCAUGCCACUGUUGCACUUGGCAGGAACCUAUUUGUGUUUGGAGGGUUCACUGAUGCACAAAAUCUUUACGAUGAUCUAUAUGUUCUAGAUGUUGAAGCAUGUGUAUGGUCUAGGGUUCUUACAAUGAGCGAAGGGCCUUCAGCGAGGUUCUCUGCUUCUGGGGACUGUCUUGAUCCUCACAAGUCUGGUAUGCUUGUCUUCGUAGGUGGCUGCAAUAAGAACCUCGAGGCAUUGGACGACAUGUACUACUUAUGCACAGGACUUGGACAUGACUCAAGAGAUGAUCAGAGUCAAGGGAGGUUGUCUCUAAAGAAACAACUGAAACUAAAAUGCCAAGAACAAAGUCUUGCUGAUUCCUUGUAUGAUAAAGCUCUGGUCACGAUCGAUAUGGGUCAAGGAAGAGAGAAUUUCCCUUUGAACCAGAGCCAGUUUACUCAUGGAAAGAUGACGUUUCAAGCGAGGGUCACUGAGAGUUUCCCACUUGGGUACACUAUAGAAACUGUCAUCGACGGAAAGAUGCUCCGUGGCGUUUUAUUCUCAAACAGACAGGGCUCCGUUCUGACGGCUGAUUACAGCUUUAGUAGGAAGAGGGGUGCUGUGUGGAAUGGUGAUCAAGGUAGCGGGCCUAAGACUUCGAGAACCCUAAGCAAGGAUUUGACGGCUAACCCGACAAAAGAUGAUGCAAUCGAUUCGAAAGAUUCUCCAUCAAAUGGCAUGGAAACGGGCACUGAUCUCUCUGACCGUAACAAGAAGGUUUCACCCGAAAACCCUCUCGGUGUUAAUAUAAACACAUCGGCACAACAUGAAACAGAACGUCCUGCUACACCAGUAGUGGAGAAUCAAGUGGAGCAAGAUGCUUCUCAACUCAACAUGGGCCCUGAGAACACAGAACCGAGUUCAGUUCCUCCCAACUUAAACGACGAACAGACAAACGAAGCAUCGGAUCCCAGAAACGGGGUUUCCAGAGAUGUUGGAGCUGCUGCUGCUGCCAUGUCUGUACCUGCAGACCCAUCUUCAAAAAACCAAGGUGAUGAGAGACUGGCGUCAAUGGAAGGAGGAGGAAGCAGAGUAGCCGCCAUUGAUGAGGAACUACAACAAGAACAGCUUCAGCUUUAGAGGUAGCAACAGGAAGGGGAACUGCUCUGUGUUUUGUACAUUGGAGGGACAUAGGAUGGGGUUAAUGUAGAAAGCAAGUUUAAGAUGUGGGUGAGAAGGAACAUACGAACUCUUCAGUUCAUUUCCAAACCAGUUUUCUUUCUGUCUCAUCUUCUGUGUUUUUUUUUUUUUGGCUCAACUUGAAAGGAAAACGAUGUCUCCUCCCACGCAAUUUUGAUUUUGUUUCCACU